GAUCUUUCGUCAUCACUUCCUGCGGCUUUGCAUCGUUUUUUCUACAGUUGAGAGAUUUUAAGACUUAAUUUAUACAUAAAGACAUUGUUUGGGAAACCAUGCGUGGAGUUAACAAGUGAGAACAACGUCUCUGUGACAGUUCGGCUAACAUUGGGGCUGCACUGUACCAGCACCUUACCAUCGCCGACUGGAGGAUGUCCAGCUAGGAUGCAGACUUAAAGCGUUGGACGAACAUGUUGGAGGAAGUCUUAUCUAAGCCAAAUCAUGUUCUGCGAGGAAAGGAAGACAUAGAAGACGAAGAAAAACACUGAAGAUGGAUAACAGGGACACCUGCAGUCUGAAAGAAACAGGGAGAGAGGGCUCUCUUAACAACAAGUGAAGGGGUCACCAAAAGGUGCAAAAGAGGACAGUCUACUGACAUGGAGACGAACACACACUCUAAUCACACUGAUUUGUGUACCAGUGGAACAGAAGGUGGCCAUUACUAUACUUGUCCUCUGGGAGAGUCUAAUCUGGACUCAGACACAGUCACAAAUUCAGGGAAUGCUGGCAAUUAUGAUCAUUUACAAAACCCAACAAGCUCUGGCAUCCCUACAGAAUCAGAAUCAUGUUGUCUGGGUAUUCGUGCACCUAUCCUCAUCACCACUGACGUCUCAUCGACUUUACCAACUGUAAACUCAAAUGUGAACCCACUAUUUGCUAGUCAACCUGAUAAAAGAGGGCUUUGUGGAGGUGAAGAGCAAACACAGACUCCAAGAAAUGCAUCAAACCAAUGUGACAUGGAACAAGAGGAAAUGGGAACAGAGAACAACAUGUGGAAGUUGCGUGCUAACCGUGUAAAACAAAUCCUUUCUGCACUAAACAAAGAGUUCAGGGGAUUCCACAGGUCUAAGAAAGUUGGCCUUGAAUUCAAUGUCGGAUUUGCCCGAAAGCAAAACAUCAGUGUGGACUCUUUAACUAAUGCUGUUCUGCUUGAACUUGCUAAAUUUGCCUUAGCAAUUAAUUCAUCCCAGCAGGAUUUCAUCAUGGAGAUUCUUGAGCACAACUUUGACUUCAGCCUGCAGAGUCAACAGCAUAGGAAUAUUUUCACAUGUGAAAUUAUGAAAAGAGUAAGAAAUCUGAGAAGUUGUGAAGAUGCAGUCAAAUUCUCGAAUGACGUUUUUGAACUUUCAGGUCCCAUGCCAUCAAAACAUAUUUCAAAUCAGAGCGUGUGCAGUGUCAACCCUGAACUCAGCAGCGCAUCGAGUAUGGAGGAGUGUGAUGUUGCUCCUACGUGCCGCCCUCAUUCACAUGCUGAUACUAAAGAACAUAUUUCACAGAACAGUGUGGAUCUGUAUCCCUUCUGCAAGGAAAUAGGUCUGAAGCUGCAUGUAAACAAUAGUCUACCAAACAAAAAACUGGAUAUCAACAAAUUGACCAAUGGGGUAAUGACUGAAGUGUCAAACUUUGCAGAAAAGUUGUGUGGAACAUUUGAGGAGAUUUGUCUUGACAUCCUCAGACACAACUUUGAUCUUGAUUUGCAAAGUGGAGAUUCUGAACUUGCCAGAAAUAUUCUUGCACGAAUUCCUGCUUUAAUGGAGCAAAGGAAUCUAUCAACCUGUGUAAAACCCUGCAAGAAAAUAAAGGGCAAAAGAAGAAAAAUCUCAACAAUGGCGAAACUGGAUUGCCAGAACAACCCAAAUUUAGAUGCAUGUGGUGCUGGUUCUUCCCAGGCUGCAAUCAUAGACCAAAAUGUAGGCAGUUCCCCUGACAGUGAACACCAAAAUGAGCUCAAUUUAAAACUGUGGAAAUUGCGGGCCAAUCAUAUUCAGCACAUCCUGUCAAUACCUCAUGGAGAACAUUGCCCACUUUAUUCAUACUCCAGAUGCAAGAAAGCGGGCAUUGAUUUCAAUGUAGGAUCUGGAGUCAAACUAAAUCUUGAUCCCAAAUUACUGACCAAUGGCAUCAUGGUUGAAAUUAACACUUUUGCCACAGCACUGCAAUCAGCCACAAAGCAUUUUGUCACAGAGAUACUGGAGUAUAAUUUUAAUCUUAAUUUGAAGAAUGAGCUGGAUCGCAGUGCCUUUGCGGAGCAAACUAUGGCUAAAAUUAGAUUAAAUGCACGUAAAAGAAUCAGCACUCCCCGACUCAAUAUGGUUUUUGAACUCCCUGACACGAGGUGCAUACAAGAACCUACUUAUGACAAAACUACAUAUUGCCCCAAAUGCUAUCAAGACAGAAAUCAUAAGCUUUGUCAGGAUGAAUCUGACCCUGGUCACAUGAAUCAUUCUCGUCCACAUACUAUGACAGACACAGUGUCUGCUGAGGAGAACUGCACAGCACAAAUGCCUGCAAAGGAUCAAUCCUCUACCUUCUCAACAACAGAGGAGACAAUAAUGGACAGUUACCCUCGCUGCAAGAAAAUAGGUUUGAACCUGUGUGUGGACAAAGACCAACCAAGAGAUAAACUUGACACGCAUGUAUUGACACGCGCGAUUAUGAAUGAAGUGGCUAGUUUUGCCAAAAAAUUGUGUGGAACAAAACAUAAGACUAUUAAUGCAGUCCUUGAACACAACUUUAACAUUGGCAUGCAGUGCCAAGAUAUCGAUCCUGCAGACCUGUUCCGCAGAGCGACGGCACGAAAGGAUGACGGACUCGCCUGGUUCAGUGAAGUUUUUGUUUUUCAGCCAAUUUCUCACAGACAACCUGGUUAUGUAAGUAGACUGAAAAGGGAAGCUGCCAUGCACAGAAGUGAAAAGAAGGAAACUAUCAAAAAAAGAAAGCUGGCACUGCAAAGAAAGGAGGAAAGAGCCAAACUGCCAAGUCAUAGUAUAAGAAAUGUAAAAUCAAAGACAAAUCAUCGAAGUAAAGGAAACUGUUAUCCCAUUUGCACAGAGAUAGGUUUGGAUCUGGAUGUGACAUCGAAAUCAGUCGAGAAAGAAAAACUGGACUUGCAGCUAUUGACCAGAGCUGUAGUGAUGGAGAUACAUAAAUUUGCAAUUAAGAAACUAGGACACUCUUACCCACGCACUGUGUUUGACAUCCUUGACUAUAACUUUGAUCUUAGCUCACAGUAUUACAGGCGCUGGGAAUUUUCCAUAGCUACUGCAUCCAAAGUCAGUACCAUGUACAAGCGAUAUUGUAAAAGCCUAGCCGGAAAAGAUGAGGUCUUCCAAUUGCCAUUUGUGUUUGAUCCCAAGGCUUCACAAAGGUUUGUAGAAAACAGACAAAAUAAGAAAAGUGCAAACUCUUCCCUGGACAUUGCUAGCAAUUCAGAAUCAAGUUGUCUGGGUAUUUGUGCGCCUUUCCUCACUUCCACUAACAUCUUAUCCAGUUUACCAACUAUAAACUCAAAUGUGAACCCACCAUUUGCAAGUCAAUCUGAUAAAAGAGGGCUUUGUGGAGGUGAAGAGCAAACACAGACUCCAAGAAAUGCAUCAAACAAAUGUGACAUGGAACAAGAGGAAAUGGGAACAGUGAAUGACUACACUUGUCCAUUAGGAGACUCUGAUCUAGACUCAGAUGAAGUCACAUAUUCAGGGAACGCUGGCAAUCAGGAACACUUACAAAACUCAAAAAGUUGUUCUCUGAACACUUACAUCCCUAGAGAAUCAGAAUCAAGCUGUUUGGGUAUUUGUGCGCCUCUCCUCACCUCCACUGCCGUCUUAUCCACUUUACCAACUGUAAACCCAAAUCUGUACCCACCAUUUGCAAGUCAACCUGAUAAAAGAGGCCUUUGUGGAGGUGAAGAGCAAACACAGACUCCAAGAAAUGCACCAAAGCAAUGUGACAUGGAACAAGAGGAAAUGGGAACAGAGAACAACAUGUGGAAGUUGCGUACUAACCGUGUAAAACAAAUCCUCUCCGGACUAAACAAAGAGUUUGGUCCAUUUAUCAGAUCCAAGCAAGUUGGCCUUGAAUUCAAUGUUGGAUUUGGCCCAAAGCAAAACAUCAGUAUUGACUCUUUGACUAAUGCUGUUCUGCUCGAACUUGCUAAAUUUGCCUUAGCAAUUAAUUCAUCCCAGCAGGAUUUCAUCAUGGAGAUUCUUGAGUAUAACUUUGACUUCAGCCUGCAGAGUCAACACCACAGGAAUAUUUUCUUUUCUGAAAUUAUGAAUGGACUAAGACAUCUGAGAAGUUGUGAAGAUGCAGUCAAAUUCUCGAAUGAGGUUUUUGAACUUCCUGGUCCCAUGCCAUCAAUACAUAUGGCAAAUCAGAGCGUGUGCAGUGUCAACCCUGAACUCAGCAGCGCAUCAAGUAUGGAGGAGUGUGAUGUUGCUCCCGUGUGUCCUCCUCAUUCACAUGCUGAAACUAAAGAACAUAUUUUAUUGAAUAGUCUGGAUCUGUAUCCCUUCUGCAAGGAAAUAGGUCUGAAGCUGCAUGUAAACAAUAGUCUACCAAACAAAAAACUGGACAUCAACAAAUUGACCAAUGGAGCAAUGACUGAAGUGUCAAACUUUGCAGAAAAGUUGUGUGGAACAUUUGAGGAUAUUUGUCUUGACAUCCUCAGACACAACUUUGAUCUUGAUUUGCAAAGUGGAGAUUCUGAACUUGCCAGAAAUAUUCUUGCACGAAUUCCUGCUUCAAUGGAGCAGAAGAAUCUAUCAACUUGUGUAAAAGCCUACAAGAAAUUAAAGGGAAAAAGAAAAAAAAUCUCAACAAUGGCGAAACUUGAUUGCCAGAGCAAUUCAAAUUUAGAUGUAUGUGGUGCUGGUUCUUCCCAGGCUGCAAUCAUAGACCAAAAUGUAGGCAGUUCCCCUGACAGUGAACACCAAAAUGAGCUCAAUUUAAAACUGUGGAAAUUGCGGGCCAAUCGUAUUCAGCACAUCCUGUCAAUACCUCAUGGAGAACAUUGCCCACUUUAUUCAUACUCCAGAUGCAAGAAAGCAGGCAUUGAUUUCAAUGUAGGAUCUGGAGUCAAACUAAAUCUUGAUCCCAAAUUACUGACCAAUGGCAUCAUGGUUGAACUUAACACUUUUGCCACAGCACUGCAAUCAGCCACAAAGCAUUUCGUCACAGAGAUAUUGGAGUAUAAUUUUAAUCUUAAUUUGAAGAAUGAGCUGGAUCGCAGUGCCUUUGCGGAGCAAACUAUGACUAAAAUUAGACUGAAUGCACGUAAAAGAAUCAGCACUCCCCGACUCAAUAUGCUUUUUGAACUCCCUGACACGAGGUGCAUACAAGAACCUACUUAUGACAAAACUACAUAUUGCCCCAAAUGCUAUCAAGACAGAAAUCAUAAGCUUUGUCAGGAUGAAUCUGACCCUGGUCACAUGCAUCAUCCUUCAAAGGAUCAGUUCUCUACCUUCUCAACAACAGAGACAAUAAUGGACAGUUACCCUCGCUGCAAGAAAAUAGGUUUGAACCUGUGUGUGGACAAAGAUCAACCAAAAGAUAAACUUGACACGCAUGUAUUGACACGUGCGAUUAUGAAUGAAGUGGCUAGUUUUGCCAAAAAAUUGUGUGGAACAAAAAGUAAGAUCAUUAAAGCAGUCCUUGAACACAACUUCAACAUUGGCAUGCAGUGCCAAGACAUCGAUCCUGCUGACCUUUUUCGCAGAGCGACGGCACGAAAGGAUGGCGGACUCGCCUGGUUCAGUGAAGUUUUUGUUAUUCAGCCAUUUUCUCACAGACAACCUGGUUAUGUAAGUAAACUGAAGAGGGAAGCUGCCAUGUACAGAAGUGAAAAGAAGGAAACUAUCAAAAAAAGAAAGUUGGCACUGCAAAGAAAGGAGCAAAGAGCCAAACUUCCAAGUCAUAAUAUAAGUGACAUAAAAUCAAAGACCAAUCAUCAGAGUAGAGGAAACUGUUAUCCCAUUUGCACAGAGAUAGGUUUGGAUCUGGACGUGACAUCAAAAUCAGGAGAGAAAGAAAAACUGGGUUUGCAGUUAUUGACCAGAGCUGUCGUGAUGGAGAUACAUAAAUUUGCAACUCAGCAAGUAGGACACUAUUUCCCACGCACUGUGUAUGACAUCCUUGACUAUAACUUUGAUCUUAGCUCACAACAUUGCAGGCACCUGGAAUUUUCCAUAGCUACUGCAUCCAAAGUCCAAGCCAUGGUCAAGCAAUAUCGUAAAACACGAGACAGAGGAGACGAGGUCUUCCAAUUGCCAUUUGUGUUUGCUCCCAAGGCUUCACAAAGGUUUGUAGAAAAGAGACAUAAUAAGAAAUGGAAAAAAUAUUCCUGUAAAGAACCAGACAAGAAAAUGAAUGAGGGUAGUUUUGUGCGCCAAGUGAGAUGCUAUUUAGAUAUCAAUUGCGUACAUUUUCUCGAUGGUGUCAAAACUAGCGAGGAAUCCUGGUUCUGUGAUGAGGACACUAAGACCCCAACAGAUCCUGGCACGAUAGUGCAGAAGAAUGGGAGUCUAGUGAGUGUAGGUUGUGGCAAUUCUCUCCAGGGAAACAUUGAGAUUAAAGAGGAGGAGUACGAUCCACAUUAUGACGAUGUGAAACCAGAACCGGACACUGAGGAAAAAUAUCAUCCACAUUAUGAUGAUGUCAAAACAGAGUCAAACACUGAGGAUGUUGAGCAUUUAGUCCCAGGUGGACCUGCAGGAUCCCUUCGAUAUACAUUUAUAACCAUGUGUCCGAACUCUGAAAGCAAUAUUAAAACAGAAUCAGUAAAUGAGGGUGUCAAGUAUUACAUUCUGGCUGAACCACAAGGAUCUGAAGGACAUGCUAUGCUAGCUGUAUGUCCAAACACUGAGAGUAACAUAAAAACAGGAUCGGACAUUGAGGGUGUUAAAUAUUUAGUCCCAGUUGAAGCAGCAGCAUCCCAGGGAUACUCUAUAACCAUAGGUCAGGGCAAUGAGAGUGCAUUGAUCAAAGAAGAGCAAGAAAAUAUUCCAGCUGACUCAUACCAUUAUGGAGCUGUGUCAUACACAGAAAGGGAAGAGGGCAUCAAACAGGAAUUAGAUCCUUAAUGUUCUAAAAUAUAGUUUACACAGAGGCAGGUGUGUUUUACACUUAGCAGAUGCUAUUAGCUGCUUUUAUUGCUGUGAAAACUUAUUUUCUGUUGGGGGAGAAUUUAGUUGACUUAUUUCAAACUGAAGGAAUGUAUAUUUUAAAAAGCUUGUCGUUAAACUCUUACUCAAGACAUGGAAGUGUGGGUUCAAAGCCCCAAAAACAUGGAUAGACCUGACUAAAAUGUUUCAGUGCAAAGUGCUGUCUAUAUGAUACUUUAAAGCUUUGUUCUAAAAGGUUUAUGUGCCACAGUUGAAAAUGAUUUAAGUUUCUUUUAAUGUUUCUUUUUUAUUGAAAAGCUGACUGCAGAAGAAAAUCGUUUUUCAAGUUCGAAAAAAUUUGAGGCUUUUUUUUUACACUGAACUUUACUUUGUGGAUAGCAGAUUAUUGUAUUAUAGUCAUUCAAGACAUUCUGGUCUGUUUUUAAAAGUGCUUCUCCUUAUUUUUUUUUAACUUGUUUUUCCACUUAAUCUUUUAUUAAUGCCUUUAGUUAUUUUCUAUUUUUGUGUUUUGUUCAUUUUUCAAAAGGAAAAAACUGCUUACUUAAAAUGAAAGGAUUUUGUAAAAUACAGAAACGGGUCAUUUCUUGAACCUGUGAUGUAAAUAGGUAUAAAUGACUGUGUUAAAUAAAGAUUUGAAUGCA